AUGGUCUACUUCGUCUGCGGGCGCUGCAACGAUUCGCUGAAGAAGCAACAAGUACAGACCCACGAAUACAAAUGCCGCUCGAACCAGUACUCAUGCGUCGAUUGCCAGUCCACAUUCACGGGCAAGAGUUACGACGAACACCGAAAAUGCAUCACCGAGAAUGAGAAAUACGGCGGCAAGAAUUUUGUGGCGAAAGUGAACAAGGGCGAAGCCAAACAGAACCAAUGGACCGAUCAGGUCGAAAGGGCCAUCACCGCCGUCAACGAGCCGGGCCUCAAGGAUUUGCUGCAGCGCAUCACGGGCUUUUCGAACAUACCGCGAAAGGAGGCCAAGUUCAUCAACUUCCUCAUGAACUCGAUCCGCAUCCACAACAGAAACCUUUGCGAACGCGCCUGGGCCGCUAUUUCUGAAGAAGCGAGGAAAAUCCAGGAAGAAGAGGCAGCCGCCAAGAAGCAGGACAUCGAGAAGAGCGAGGAAAAGCCAAGCGCCAUGGUCGAGGAAAGCAAGGAGGAAAAACUAAAUGUCAACGGCCCCCUCAAAUGGAAGGCUUCGAUCAAGCGGAAGCUUGACGAUGCUGGUGGAGAGAUGCAGGUGAAAAAGCUCAAAGAAGCAAUGCUCGGCGAAUUCCUGGCGACCGGUGGCGUGAAGGAAGAUUUCGACGGCGUCUUUUGCUACAAGCUCCGGAAGGCGGAUGCGUACGUCAAGGGCGACUCGGUUCGACUGCCUGUUUACGGAGCGUCGACGCGAUCU